GGCACUAAAGAUAUCGUUGUUUGCUUCAUUUUAGUUUUGGGAAUUGUUGACUGCCUGGACAUGGGAACACCGAGGAAUCUACAAACAGGUCUAUUAAGAAUCUGUCAUCUCAAAAAAUUUAUUUUAUGAAUGUUUUCCAUUAAGAAGGUGUCAACAGAGGUUUGUGAUUUUUGCCACAUAAGAGACUCUAAUUUGAAACAGUUCCCUGGCAGUGGUCAGAUGUCUGAAACUGGCGAGAGCUAGGCUGUAGGCUCGGAAUGCUCAUCCUUCAGCGAGAGAGGCACAGCGCUACCUACAUACUGUCUAAAUGCAAUCUCUCUGGUGCCACUUAACAUAAUGGAUGGCUUUUCUGCAUCUCGAUUUCAGAUAGAGCACUGAGGUUUGCAGUGCUGUGGGGGCGUUUUCUACAGAUCCAAGCACUGGCCGUUCGCUUCUGUUUCCAGAUGUGUUUUCUCAUUUGUGUACUUGAAACAUCUACCAUCACAUGAACUCCACAUUGAGCCACAGAGUUCUGUGACCCCAAGAGAUUCAGGAAUGGUGUUGCCCAGCUUCGGGACAAGCCAGUUUCACAUCUGCUUGACAAUUAAAUAAAUAUCUCCUUUGCUAAUUAAGGCUAUGGAACCAAAUAAAGACAUGCACAUUCUUUUGCCAAAUGAACUCUGGGGCUGUUGAAUUUCACUGUAACUGGCCAUUCCCCGUUAACUAACAUAUAAGUUAUGCACAAAUGGACGUGAAGCCUGUGGCAAUGUAUACGGAUUCUAGCCCACACUGAAGAUUUAAGAGCAAAACAAAACAAAACCUAUUAUGACUAAUCCUUGGGAAGAGAAAGUCUGCAAAAUGGCCCAAACGAGUCUUCUGCAAGGGAAGCAGUUUUACUGUCGCGAAUGGGUUUUCCACAAACUUCAGCACUGCCUCCAGGAGAAGUCAAGCUGCUGCACCAGUGCAGCCAACACGCAGUCCCUCGUCGGGAAUGCUGGGAAUAAUGCUAGUGCCAUCUCUGGGAAGGGGGCCUCCUGGGGUGUGUUGCUGGUGGGAGGGCCCGGCAGUGGGAAAACAGCCCUGUGCACUGAGCUCUUGUGGCCAAGCUCACCAGCCAGCCUACAGAGAGGUCUGCACCGCCAGGCUCUGGCUUUCCACUUCUGCAAAGCCCAGGACUCGGACACUUUGUGUGUUGGAGGGUUUAUCAGAGGUCUGGUAGCCCAGAUCUGCCAAAGUGGACUCCUCCAAGGUUAUGAGGACAAACUAAGAGAUCCAGCCGUCCAAAGUCUCCUGGAGCCUGGAGAGUGUGAGAGGAACCCAGCGGAAGCAUUUAAAAGGUGUGUGCUGCUCCCACUCCUGGGGAUGAAGCCGCCCUCACAGAGCCUCUACCUGCUGGUUGACUCCGUGGACGAAGGCUGCAAUGUGAUGGAAGGGGAGCAGACAUCGCCCAGCCUCUCCGGGACUGUGGCAGAGCUCUUGGCUGGUCACCACGAGUUCUUUCCCCCAUGGCUACUGCUCCUCUGCUCUGCCCGGAAACAGAGCAGAGCUGUCACCAAAAUGUUCACUGGUUUUCGGAAGAUCAGUUUGGAUGACCUUCGGAAGGCAUACAUCGUGAAGGAUGUACAACAGUACAUCCUCCACCGCCUGGAUCAAGAGGAGGCACUUCGGCAGCAUCUCACCAAGGAGACGGCUGAGACUCUGAACCAGCUGCACAUCAAGAGCAGUGGGUGUUUCCUGUAUCUGGAGCGCGUGCUGGACGGAGUGGUAGAGAAUUUCAUCAUGCUUCGGGAGAUCCGAGACAUCCCAGGAACUCUGAAUGGUCUCUAUCUCUGGCUCUGCCAGAGACUUUUUGUCCGAAAACAGUUUGCCAAAGUUCAGCCCAUCCUGAACGUGAUCCUUGCGGCCUGCCGGCCCCUGACCAUGACAGAAUUAUACCAUGCCGUGUGGACCAAAAAUAUGUCUCUAACCUUGGAAGACUUUCAGCGCAAGCUGGAUGUCCUCUCCAAGCUCUUGGUGGAUGGGUUGGGCAGCACCAAGAUCCUCUUUCACCACAGCUUUGCCGAGUGGCUCUUGGACGUGAAGCACUGCACCCAGAAGUACCUGUGUAAUGCUGCGGAAGGGCACAGGAUGCUGGCCAUGAGCUACACCUGCCAGGCCCGGAACCUGACCCCCCUGGAAGCACAAGAAUUUGCCUUGCACUUGAUUAAUUCAAAUCUGCAGUUGGAACCAGCCGAACUGGCACUGUGGAUGAUUUGGAAUGGCACCCCAGUCAAAGACUCUCUGUCCACCUUAAUACCCAAGGAGCAAGAGGUGCUGCAGCUGCUGAUCCGAGCCGGUGCUCACGUCAACAGCGAGGACGAUCGCACUUCCUGCAUCGUCCGGCAAGCCCUCGAGAGAGAGGACUCCAUUCGGACAUUACUGGAUAACGGGGCCUCUGUCAAUCAGUGUGAUUCCAAUGGGAGAACUCUGCUGGCCAAUGCCGCAUACAGUGGCAGUCUGGAUGUUGUGAAUUUGCUUGUGUCCAGGGGAGCUGAUUUAGAGAUCGAAGACUCCCAUGGACACACGCCACUCACUCUAGCUGCUAGACAAGGGCACACGAAGGUGGUCAACUGUUUGAUUGGGUGUGGAGCCAAUAUUAAUCAUACCGAUCAGGAUGGUUGGACAGCGCUGAGGUCUGCUGCUUGGGGGGGCCACACUGAGGUUGUGUCUGCCUUGCUUUACGCUGGCGUAAAGGUGGACUGUGCAGAUGCGGACAGCCGGACGGCUCUGCGUGCAGCAGCCUGGGGUGGCCAUGAGGACAUCGUCCUGAACCUGCUACAACAUGGUGCUGAGGUCAACAAAGCUGACAAUGAAGGGAGGACUGCCCUGAUAGCUGCAGCAUACAUGGGUCACAGAGAGAUUGUGGAGCACCUGCUGGACCACGGUGCAGAGGUGAACCACGAGGAUGUGGACGGCAGAACAGCGCUCUCGGUGGCCGCACUGUGUGUGCCUGCGAGCAAAGGCCACGCGUCAGUCGUAAGCCUCUUGAUUGAUCGAGGGGCUGAGGUAGAUCACUGUGACAAAGAUGGCAUGACCCCCCUGCUGGUGGCAGCCUAUGAAGGCCAUGUGGAUGUGGUGGACCUGCUUCUAGAAGGAGGAGCAGAUGUGGAUCACACGGAUAACAACGGGCGGACACCCCUGCUGGCUGCAGCUUCCAUGGGGCAUGCUUCGGUGGUCAACACACUUCUGUUCUGGGGUGCAGCCGUGGACAGCAUCGACAGUGAAGGCCGGACAGUCCUCAGCAUAGCUUCGGCACAGGGGAAUGUGGAGGUGGUGCGCACUCUCCUGGACAGAGGCUUGGACGAGAGCCACCGAGAUGAUGCUGGCUGGACGCCUCUCCACAUGGCAGCUUUUGAGGGUCACAGGUUAAUAUGUGAAGCUCUCAUUGAACAAGGUGCUCGAACAAAUGAGAUUGACAAUGACGGGCGCAUCCCCUUCAUUUUGGCCUCACAGGAGGGCCAUUAUGACUGUGUCCAGAUCCUGCUGGAGAACAAAUCCAACAUAGACCAGAGAGGCUAUGACGGGCGAAAUGCGUUGCGUGUUGCUGCUCUGGAAGGACACCGGGACAUCGUGGAGUUGCUCUUCAGCCAUGGGGCUGAUGUGAACUACAAAGAUGCUGAUGGGCGGCCCACGCUUUACAUUCUGGCCUUAGAGAACCAGCUCACAAUGGCCGAGUACUUUUUGGAAAACGGUGCAAAUGUGGAGGCCAGCGAUGCAGAGGGAAGGACAGCGCUGCACGUCUCCUGCUGGCAGGGUCACGUGGAGAUGGUACGGGUGCUUAUUGCCUGCCAUGCUGAUGUCAAUGCCUCAGACAAUGAGAAGCGCUCAGCCUUGCAGUCUGCUGCCUGGCAAGGCCAUGUCAAAGUGGUCCAGCUUCUGAUAGAGCAUGGCGCCGUGGUGGACCACACGUGCAACCAAGGCGCCACAGCCCUCUGCAUCGCGGCCCAGGAGGGACAUGUAGAUGUGGUGCAGGUGUUGCUGGAGCAUGGCGCUGACCCCAAUCACGCUGACCAGUUUGGACGUACCGCCAUGCGAGUGGCAGCCAAAAACGGGCAUUCUCAGAUCAUUAAGCUGUUAGAGAAAUACGGUGCUUCCAGUCUGAAUGGCUGCUCUCCUUCCCCUGUCCAUACCAUGGAGCAGAAGCCUCCGCAGUCGGCACCGUCCAAGAUGCAGUCUCUGACCAUCAGGUCCAACAGCUCUGGUGGCACUGGUGGAGGGGACUUGCAGCCUUCCCUCCGGGGCCUGCCCAACGGGCCAGCUCAUGCCUUCAGCUCUCCAUCAGAGUCUCCAGACUCCACUGUGGAUCGGCAGAAGUCAUCUCUGUCCAACAAUUCCCUGAAAAGCUCAAAAAAUUCAUCUCUGAGAACAACUUCCUCCACAGCCACGGCUCAAACGGUGCCCAUUGACAGUUUCCACAGCCUGUCGUUCACGGAGCAGAUCCAACAGCACUCGCUGCCGCGCAGCAGGAGCAGGCAGUCAGUAGUAUCCCCCUCUUCCACGACCCAGUCCUUAGGACACAGCCAUAACUCUCCCAGCAGUGAGUUCGAGUGGAGCCAAGUAAAACCAAGUUUGAAGUCAACAACGUCAACUAAAGGAGGCAAAUCCGAAAACUCCAGCAAGUCCGGGUCAGCGGGGAAGAAAGGCAAACAAAAUAAUUCCUCACAGCCAAAGGUUCUAGAAUAUGAAAUGACUCAGUUUGACAAAAGAGGACCUGUCGCUAAGUCUGGCAGUAGCCCACCUAAACAGACGCCGGGGGAAUCUCAGUGUAAAAUUGUGGUCCCCUCGUCUCAGGAUGGGAGCCGCGCCCAAUCACAGUUUCUCAUCCACCAGCAGAGCGGUGAGCAGAAGAAGAGGAAUGGGAUAAUGACGAACCCCAAUUACCAUCUGCAGAGCAACCAGGUGUUUCUGGGCAGGGUCUCCGUCCCUCGAACAGUGCAGGAGCGAGGACAUCAGGAGGUGCUGGAGGGGUUCCCUCCCUCAGAGACAGAGCUGAACCUCAAACAAGCCCUGAAGCUCCAGAUUGAGGGCUCUGAUCCCAGCUUCAACUACAAGAAGGAAACACCCUUGUGAGAGUUUCCCCUUCUGUGAAACAGAAGACAUUGUGGUCAGAAUGGCCAUUCAGCUGCCAGAUGGAAGCAAGACACCUGAGGAUGUGCUGGCCAGACUGUGACUCCCUCAGUACUGUUUCCUGACUUACUGUCAUGUGCCUACCCAACAAGGCUGCCCUUCUCAGCGUAACCCCCAUGCUGAAGCAGUCUCCACCACACCGAAGAAAUGGAGAUGUGAACUGCAGUUCGAUACAACCAAACCCGGUUUUGAGUAUUUUCCCAUUUGGUAAAUGUGCAUGUGCCAUAGUCAGGUGUCUCCGCAAAGGCAGUGUUCCGUAUUUAUUGUUUUCUGCGUUGUGGCGUGUACUCAGUCCCAUCGCAUUGUCUGGUGUGCCUGGUUCUUGUGUAUUUAAAAAUGUUACUCAAUAAAACAAUUCUUGCAACUGUUUUCUGUCUGCUAACCUUCAGCAUUGGAUAAAAAUGAGUUUCUGUGUUGAUGCCACAUGGAGGUGAAAAAAAGACUUUGUGAUGAGUUUUCCACAGGCAUCAGUUCUGGUGGUGUAGAGGGUCACUCUGGUACCGUCUGGAUAGGGCAGAAUGACAGAGCAGGCCAAUGCUGGCCACUCUGACUACAGGCACAAGAGGCUCUGAGCUGUCUUCUAGAUGCCUGUCAUUCCACCUGCAAGUAGACAGACCAUCAUUCCUGAAGCUUGGAUGUUCUCAGGGACAGAGCAGUUAGUGCCUGGGGGCACAUGUGCAGACAGAGGCUCCAGGUCCAGCUAAGGAUGACUCUGAUCCCUGAAUCCUUCACUGGCAGCCCUCACCUCCUUCAGCUAAAUGAAAUGUAAUCCCUCAUUGUAAUUGAAUGCUCACUGCUCUGAGCUAUUUCCCCAUGCCAGUUACUGCAUAACUAAAUUAGCCCCUGUCAGAACCAUUUGGGUACAUUUGAAUAACUUAGUGGAAUGGAUGUUCUUGAAUGUACAAUGUGCUGUCCAUCACAAGUGACACCACUAACCAUUAGUUGGAGCACAUAUGUUUUGUUAUUUGAUAGAACUGAUGGGCUUGCACUUUUCUGGCCACUUUCUCUUUCCUUUUUUCAUCUUUGCACGAUUGUACAUAGGAUGGCUGGAAGCCAUAGGUAAGGGAGGCAUUGGCACCAGGAACAUGAAGCAGCUUAAAUGGACUGUGCAACUGAUGGGCCGGAUGAUUUAGAAGGCAAGGAUGGUAUGAUCCUUGAGUACUGUACUCCUGUUCAUCUUCCAGGCCUUGGAGAUUCUGUGUUCUCAUGCUGUUGCUAAGGGGGACUGGGGAAAGAGAAUUUGGAAAUUGAGCACAAAACCAUUGCUACUACUGAAAACUUUGGAAUGUUUUAACGAGAGGCCAGGAAUGGUCAUCCUAUGUGAAGGGCACUCUUAGUGUUGUUCAUGGAAGCUCAGAUGUGUAACUGCUUGUGAUGAGUGUUUCUCACUUCAGUCUUUGUGUAAGCCUUUCCUUGCUUUGUUUUUCAAUGUCAGCCUAACUCACUUCCUGUGUGUCAUCUGUCAGUCAUAACCAGGCUGAGAGAUAGCUGAUGGAGUCACUCAAAGUUAAGGUGAUGGCAUGGUUGAUACUGACAAGUCAAAUGUGAAUGUUUCAAGGAUUGAAUUCUUGUCCCUAUGGGACGUUGACUAAUGACACUUAACAGGACUCUUGCAAGGCAGCCUUAAGUGUGCGUCUGAAUCUGUUGAGUAUGAUCACACCCUGUUACUAGAAUCAGUGUGACUCCAUCUCACACACACUACGUUUACCAUAGAAGAGGAGCCUCAGACUUCUCACUAGGUGUAUCUUUUUUUUUUCUUUUUAAGGAAGAGAACCCUGAAAGCUGCCAGUUUUUCUAUUAACCUUGAAUUAUUGAAAUCAUAUUUAUUUAAUUUUAUUACUUUUACAGAAUUGCACCUUGUGACCAAAGGGCAAAGACAGCUCAUGGCAGUAGGGAUCUGUAUUUUUCAAGGGCUUUUGUGUCCAUCUUUAGACAUACAGGACAGUUGGUAGGAGGAGAGCCCGUUGGAAAAAUAGGGUGCUCAUAAGUAUUCCUCAAGGUGUUUUGUUUUUGUUUUGUUUUUAAUAAAUUAUGAUUUAUAAAAGAACAAAAAUGACUUCUGGUGAGGGUCAGGCUGAUCAAGGGCUGCAAGGCAGCCACCCCACUGUGCUUAUUCAUUUUGGAGUGUGGGAGGGGGCUAGUACCACAACUGGGCAAAAAAGGAUGGCUUCUGCUCUGUUACAAAGAUAAGAAACAGUCCCACAAAUAAAUAAUAAAUAGCUAUUUUUUGAAAUUCAGAUAUUUAAAUUUUGUAAAUCAGCUGUUUGGGAUGUCACUUGUUUAUAACAUUUUUGUAACGUUCCUUCACACCCCUUCCUGAAGGUCAGUGUCACUGGAUGACAGGUGGUAAAAUGUCAGACAGGUAGACAUCUGGAGGGGGUCCAGGAAAGUUUAGGGGGAAGAGGACCAGAAGCAGCGCCCUGCGGUGUACAGCGAAUACCUUUGUUCCUUUCUCUCCGGCCCCUACCAGAUUCCUCAACCAAAACCUACUGCAGAGACAGGAACGAGUCAUUGUACUGUUUGGCUGUGCAACUGUUAGUUUUGCGGACCGCCCUCCGUCCCUCCGUCCGUCCGUCAACACUUUCCUCAAAUAUAGCGGCAGACAAAUGCUUUCUUUCCAUUGUUCGCUCUGUGUGGGGUGUGUAAAUAACCUGAAAAUGUACAUUGAACUUCACAGUGUAAAGUUUUAUUUUAUUCCUUGUAUUAUAUUAUGCGAAAACAUCCGAUGUACAUGAAGUGCAUAAUAAAUCUAUUUGCUUUACAGUA